UCAUCUCCUCUUUCAGGGAAUAUCUGGAGUGGUGCCAGCUUCCUCAGCCCUGAAGUCAUGGCCCUAGGUAUCCUGUGGCUGGGCCUUGUCCUGCUGGGGGCCCUGCAGACCCAGGCCCAGGAUUCCACCCCAAACCUGAUCCCAGCCCCACCUCUGCACAGGAUCCCUCUGCAGCCUGACUUCCAGAAUGAGAAGUUCCAGGGAAAAUGGUACAUCAUAGGAUUGGCAGGGAAUGAAAUUAAUAAAGAAAAACACAGCCAGUUUAAGAUGUACACCACCACCUACGAGCUGAAAGAAGACAACAGCUACAAUGUCACCUCUACCGUGGUCUGGAAAAAGGCCUGUGACUACUGGAUCAGAACUUUUGUCCCAUGUUCUCGUCCAGGCCAAUUCACCCUGGGAAACAUCGAGCGUUACAUUGGAACCAAGAACUACACUGUCCGAGUGGUGGCCACAGACUACAACCAGUUUGCCAUGGUGUUCUUUGAGAAAGUUUACAAAAACCAGGAGUUCUUCAAGAUCACCCUCUAUGGGAGGACCAAGGAGCUGCGUCCUGUGCUGAAGGAAAUCUUCAUCAACUUUGUCAAAACCCUAGGCCUCACUGAUGAGCACAUCAUCUUCCCUAUCCCCAACGAUCAGUGCAUGGAUAAGUGAGCAAGCGUGCGGUGCCCUCUGGCUCUCUCCAGCCCAUCCCCCUCACACCAGCCUCUGCCCACAGCACCGCCUAGAUGUCCCCAACAGCCUGGACAGCACUGAGAGAGCCAGGGGACCCUCCUCACUGCACAACCAACCAGCUGCUCCCAAGACUGCCCUACUAAUGGAACCCCUCCUUGUUCGCUAAAUAAACACAUAUCCCAUGGU